CUCUUCCUCUCGGAAAUGACCUUGCUUUGCAUUGCCAUGUGAGCUCCCCAGGAGCUGGGGGAGGGGGCAGCAUUGCACAGAGGGUCCCCUGAUUUGCAAAACCCAAGCUGAAAGCAUGGGGAAAAAAAGCAAGAAGGAGAAGAAGGUGAAAGGGGCUGAGAAAACAGCUGCUAAGAUGGAGAAAAAAGUCUCCAAGAGAUCUAAAAAAGAGGAGGAGGAUCUUGAAGCCCUGAUAGCGGAGUUCCAGACAUUAGAUGCCAAAAAGACCCAGAUCAUUGAAACAUCCUGCCCUCCACCCUCUCCAAGGUUGAAUGCCUCCUUCUCUGCUCACCCCGAGAAAGACGAAUUGAUCCUUUUUGGAGGUGAAUAUUUCAAUGGCCAAAAAACGUACCUGUACAACGAGCUGUAUAUUUACAACGUCCGGAAGAACAGUUGGGCUAAAGUUGACAUCCCCAGCCCUCCUCCCCGGCGCUGCGCUCAUCAGGCGGCAGUGGUGCCCCAGGCUGGCGGGCAGCUCUGGGUGUUCGGAGGAGAGUUUGCUUCUCCCGACGGGGAGCAGUUUUACCAUUACAAGGAUCUCUGGGUCCUGCAUUUGGUCACCAAAACUUGGGAGCAAAUCAAGGCAGCUGGCGGCCCCUCGGGGAGGAGCGGACAUCGAAUGGUUGCCUGCAAGAGGCAAUUAAUCGUCUUCGGAGGCUUCCACGAGAGCGCCAGAGACUACAUCUACUACAACGAUGUGUAUGCUUUCAACCUGGACACGUUCACGUGGAGCAAGCUGUCUCCUUCCGGCAUCGGCCCUGCCCCGAGGUCUGGCUGCCAAAUGUCUGCCACUCCAGAAGGCAAUGUAAUCAUCUACGGUGGCUACUCCAAACAGAGAGUGAAGAAAGAUGUUGACAAGGGCACCCUGCACACGGACAUGUUCCUGCUGAAGGCAGAAGGAUCAGACAAGUGGGUUUGGAAUCGACUUAACCCUUCCGGAGUGAAACCCACGCCCAGGUCGGGCUUCUCGGCGGUGGUGGGCCCCAAUAACCGGUCCCUCCUGUUCGGAGGAGUCCACGACGAGGAAGAGGAGGAGAGCAUCGAAGGAGACUUCUUCAACGAUGUCUAUUUCUACGAUAUGGGGAAGAAUCGCUGGUUUCCUGGACAGUUAAAGGGACCAAAAUCUGAGAGGAAGAAACGCAGGCGCGGGAGGAAGGCAGAGGCAGCGGAGGCGGCUGGAGGAGGAGAGUCUGAGGGCCAGCCCCCUCCGGGGCCCGUGGAGAUCGUCAAAGAGGUGGUUGCAGAGGAUGGGACUGUGAUGACAAUCAAGCAGAUGAUCCCUGCCGCCGGAGCAGAGCUGGAGAGGUCUGAGUCGGAAGAGGAGGAGGAAGAAGAGGAAGAGGAGGGUGCCGGUGAUGAAGCCUCUGGCCAGCAAGUGGAGCCGUGCCCCCGGUCCAAUGCCAUGCUGGCGGUGAAGCACGGCGUUCUCUAUGUGUAUGGGGGGAUGUUUGAGGUGGGAGACCGCCAGUUCACCCUCAGUGACCUCUACAGCAUUGACCUCCACAAGAUGGACGAGUGGAAGGUGCUGGUGGAGAUGGAUCCAAAAACUCAGGAGUGGCUGGAAGAAUCUGAGUCGGAUGAAGAAGGGGGCGAUGUGGAAGGGGCUGAGGGAGGAGAGGAGGAGGAGGAGGAGGAGGGCUCUGAUGAAGAGAGUGAAGAUGAUGAAGAAGAGGAGCAGCACCCACCUGCCCAGCCAGAUGAGAAGUACACGGACUAUUUGCCCAGGACAGAGCAGUACUGGAUUAAACUCGCCCGCAGGAACAUGGGCCCUGAGGCGAAGGAGAAGAAAGUAUUGAAGGUGGCACAUGCGAUGGCCAAGGCUUUCUAUGAGGGCUUGGUCUAGACACACUCACUCCGGCGAAUGGGCAACGUGAGUGUGGAGGUGUCCCGGGGACAGCGGUGAGGCCAGCUCAACUCAGUCUGGCGUCCUUCACCAGUAAACCCAGCCAGAUCCAGGAGCACUCUUGUUCCUGCUGCUCCAGGCGAAUGCCCCUGUGCUCAUCUCAUUGCUAAUGGUGUAUUUCCACUGUUAUUUCUGGGCAUCGUGGCCGGUGUGUUCAGGACCUCAUGCUACUGAGGCUUGAAGGCACAACGUGGGAAUUUUUGUUGGAGCCGAGGUCAGCAGAGACAAGCUAUCUAUGAGAAUUUCCGAGACCCAAACCCUCCUCUCCGGUCCGAGGUCUAGGUUUGGUUUCUCUGAGUGCUUUUAUAAUAAAGUUCUUCACUUAA